AUGGACACCAUUUCAGACAAUUGCUCAAGAAUUGAACCACUGCAGGAGGCGUCUGGAUCGAAGACACAGAUGCCAGCCAGGAGGACCACCACACAUCCAUCUGUGACGUCCCAAGACACCAACUUCAACAACCACCCAUUUUUCUGUCGAAAAACCAUGAGCAAGACUAUGGCGACAUCUGCACAUAUGGUUGAUUUUUUGGGAAAAAAAGGAUUGACACUUAAAAUAGCGACUGUAUAUGAACCAGGAAUACAGAUAUUCCACAAUGAACUAAGUUAA